CUGCUCAUGUUGCUCUCGCUCUCUUCUCUCCAGGGCCUACUCCCCCCCCCCCUCCUCCCCUUCAUUCCCUGCUGCUACUGCUAACCGCGCGCGCUUCUUCACCCCUCGCUACUGCGAUAUUGUGUCCAUUCGCGACAGCAGGAGGAGAAGGAGGAGCAGCAGGAGCAGGAGCACCUCUGCCCCUAAUUGCUGCUGCUUGUAGGGUUAAGAGGUAGCUAUUGCGUGCUCCUCGGCGAUCGUUGCUCUCUGUGGGGACAGGGCGCGUGCUCGUGGCUGGUGCUGGUUUGUUAUGCGGUGUGGAUGUAGGGGACUGAGCGAGAGAGAGAGAGGGAGAGAGAGGUAUGGAGGGAGGCGAAUGUUAGAUUUGAAGGAGGUGAAGCGUAGGGUUUUGUGCGGAGGAGGAGGAAUGUGCGUGUGUGUGUGCGGGGGAAUGAAAAUGUGGUGGGCCGUGUGGAAUUGGAAGGAUACAUUGUGAAUUGGCUGCGCGCGGUCGGACGCGGGAAGCAGAGCUCGUUGGGGGAAGGUAGAAAUCAGUGUGUAAGGUAGCUUUGGCUAUUGGGGUAGAGAGGUGCAUAGUUAUUGAUAGUGGUUAUACUAGGGUGGCGUGCCCGGUAAUUGAGAAAAUUUGAGUUGGAAACAACGAACAUGGUGCUCACGGAACUGCAUUUUUAGCACGAAGAGAAUGUAGCGUUGCCGAAAACUUCCGAAGUUCAUUUGUAAUGUACAGGACUGGACAAGAAUUGAUGGAGAACCGCAUGUAUUAGUCUGGAGAGCAAGGCUUUUUAUGGAGGAAUGCGCUUUUAAGGCUCAGGUCACUCAAUUUCGAGUGAAAUGUGGUGAUGAUCAACAGGGAUAACAAUGCGUUCGAUGGUAUUCUUCGCGCAAUGUACCUGAAGCUUUGUUAUUAUGGCAGUUUUUUGGAGGCGUGUUAAACACGUGCCGUGUUGGUUAUCGCGUGAGUUACCUGGGUGCAACCGAUAAUUGACUUGCAUAGGCUGGUUAGGUUUCAGCUUGGACAGCGAGGCAAACGACUGUACCUGUUUGAAUUUCUAUUGGAUGUCUGCCACCAAUCAAGGAUAUCAUAAUUGAAGGCAUGUAUCUGUUUAGUGGCAAUUUCCAGCUUUGCAUUGCAGCUUUCAUCUGAUAGUGACUACUAUUACAUACACAAGAGGCAUACUGCUGGAUUUGAGACUGGAAGAUUUAUACCUGAGCGAUUUGACGACGCAUUUGAAUCACAUGGAGUUCAAUUAUCUUCAGCGAGUGAAGGUUUACCGCCUCAAUGACGAAGGUAAAUGGGACGACAAAGGAACAGGCCAUGUAUCUGUUGAAUAUUUAGAGCGCUCGGAUGCCGUGGGUUUAGUGGUUAUUGACGAGGAAGACAAUCAAACUUUAUUAGUCCAUCGGAUAUCAGCGGAUGACAUUUACAGGCGACAAGAAGACACUAUCAUAUCAUGGACGGAUCCAGAAGUGGCCACAGAUUUGGCUCUCAGUUUCCAAGAGACCAUGGGCUGUUCAUUUAUAUGGGAUCAAAUAUGCAGUGUGCAACGCUCAGUGCAAUUAAUGUCAGUGGGUGGCAUGGAGAGAAAUACACGUCCAGUCGGUGAUGAUUUGGAACAUUCUGGUACUUCGCAAGAUGAUGAUGAUGCAUUUCGUGAAAGUGGAGGCCCUGAAGUUUUGGAACUUCCGCCAGCGGAGCUCUCCAACCUUCCUCUUAUUGCUAAGACGGUUGCAGAAGUUAUGCCUUUCGAUCGUGAUAGAGUGGCCUCCAUGAUUGUUCGAGAUCAAAAUUACAUACCUAAACUUGUGCAGCUCUUUCGCACUUGCGAAGACCUCGAGAAUCUUGAAUGUUUGCGUUUGAUAUUCAAGAUUGUGAAAGGAAUCAUAUCACUGAAUGAUGGACUCAUAUUUGAUAUUAUCUUCAGUGACGACUACAUAAUGGAUAUUGUAGGAGCUUUGGAAUACGAUCCUGACGCUACAAAUUUCCAUAAGCACCGUACUUUCCUCAAGGAUCAAGUUAAUUUCAAGGAGGCUGUUCCUAUUCGUGAUCCGGUAAUCUUGUCGAAGAUCCACCAGACAUAUCGUAUCGGCUAUAUUAAGGAUGUAAUAUUACCUAGGGUGCUUGAUGAUGCAACUUAUGCUACAAUCAACUCAAUCAUGCUUUUCAACAAUGUUUCGGUGGUGACUGCGCUUCACAACGAUCCUGCUUUCCUGUCGGAGCUUUUCGCAAGACUCCGCGUUCCCGAAACUCCCGAGAGAAAUAGGCGGGACUUGGUUAUUUUUGUUCAAGAGUUCUGCAACCUGAGCAAACAUCUUCAACCGGUAAUGCGAGGUCAGCUCUUCAGUACACUUGUCAAAGAAGGACUAUUUGAUAUUGUGAAGGACAUACUCAAGGAGUCAGACGAGGUUGUCCGACUCAGUGGGUGUGAUAUUUUACUUGUAAUUCUGAAUCAUGAUCCCACAUUACUACGGACGUUUCUCGUGCACCAAUCGGAUCUCACAUUGUUCGGUGAACUGGUAGAAGGGAUGUUAACUCCUAGUGAAGAUGGAUUGCAAGCACAGCUGCUGGAAAUUAUGCGGAUGCUCCUGGAUUCAGAGACAAUGGAUUCACCGCUUGUUGAUAAAAGCCUUUUUCUGGAGAUAUUUUAUGAAAGAUAUAUGGAUCAAAUGGUUCAGAUUAUUACAGACAGUUGUCCACCAGAAUCAUGCAGGACACAGUCCACUUAUGGCUCCUCAACCGAUUUUGGGAAACAGACCAGGCGGGCCGUUGCUCCAGAAAUUCUUGGAAACAUCUGCGAGCUCAUGUGUUUUUGUGUCCAGCAUCAUCGGUUCAGAAUCAAGUAUUAUGUGAUGAGAAAUCAUGUUGUGGAGAAAAUAUUGAAGUUAACUCGUAGGAAGGAAAAGUACCUGGUUGUAGCUGCUGUACGAUUUUUAAGGACAUGUGUAGCUUUAAAGGACGAAUUUUACUAUCGGUACAUUGUGAAGCACAAUUUGUUUGAACCUAUUAUUGGAGCUUUCGUGGCGAAUGGUAAUCGCUACAAUCUCCUCAAUUCGACUGUAUUGGAGCUCGUUGACUUCAUCCGAAAGGAGGGCAUCAAAACUCUCAUAGUACAUUUGAUCGAGAAAUAUUCUUUAAAAUUUGAAUCCAUUGAUUACGUCGACACAUUUCGAGCCCUGAAAGUGAAAUAUGAACAGCUUUUGGAGGGUCCUUCACCUGGCACAAGAGAUGCAGGUGGUGCUGUUGCAAGCGGCGGCCCCGAUCAUGGUUCACGCUCAUUUCGUGACAGGCACAAUCAAGCAGGCUUUUCCGAUAGCCGCAGGCGGAAGAACGAACGAGAAUUGGACAAAGAUGAAGAGGACUAUUUCAACCAGGAUAGAGACGACGAAGAAGAUACGGUAACUGCUCGAGUUAGCACAGCUUCACAACCUCAAUUAAUAAAGGCAGUCGUAAUCAAUGAUGGCGAUGUGGAUGGUGCACCUUUCAGGGGAAGCGCCAUUGGGCUCGUAGAUUAUGAGGAUGAGGAUGAAGAUAUGCCUACAACAGUGAGCACCAAUGGCAAGGAUCCAGGUGAGGUGGUGGAGAGGUCAGAGAAUCCACUUCCUGCUGCUCCACUUACAGACCCUGUUCGGCAUGGAGUAGAAGAUGGAACUCCAACCAAGCGAAAGACUCCUCUUGCUCCAACGUUGGAGGAAACUGAUGCGACUGCGUCCAAGAGACUGAAACCUGAGGAUGGUCAUUCAGUUGACCUUCCCAAUGCCCAGUCUAGUCGUUCUGGUAUUGUUGACACCAGCAGAGUUGGGUCUUGUACAAAGAGUUCAGAAGAACUGAGCCUGUCAGAAUCUACAACGCUGAGUCCUGAAUCUAUAGCUGAGCAGGAUAUUAGUUUGAAUGUAGGCGAAGCAAAAGUUUUCGGCACAUCUUCCGCAGAUCUACCUGUAUCAGGUGCAGAACAUCAGCCAUCCAGCUCGAAUGAAGGGACUCCUGACACGAGCAGCGAACUUCGACAUCAGGAUUUGGACACAGCUCCUUCAGGCACCAGUGCUACGCUUCCUAGUGACCAUCAUCUGUCACAUGAAUCCGCAGAAACUGCGGCUGUAUUAGCCGCUAUUAAAGGUGAAAAAGUUGCUGCAUCAUUAAGUCCUGAUGAGGACAUGAGUUCUCACGAUGUAACAGGAAAUGUGGUGAGAGUGGAAUGUGCAAACGGAGGCGAAAGCCUCAAUAGAUCAUCGGAAGUGGGUUGUACUUUGGCCACAGGGAGUGGUCCUACCGAGAAUGGAGUGGAUUGUUGCUCAGUUGAAGAUUGUAAUGGAUCUGCAUCCGAGAGCUCAGAGUGUCUUGGGUCUCUACCCACAAAAGGUGUCAAUGACGGCAACAAAAUUGUUCCACAGCAGCACAAUGUGAAUUUAGGUAGUGAAGGCAACAAACUGACCAACUUAGGUACUGAAAUAGAGCCUAACACUGUCCGAUAGUAUGAUCUUAUAUUUUUGAAAUUAUUGACACUCCCUGGUUCUCAUUGUUUCAUGUUGCCACUGCCUAAUCUGUCCGCUCCAGCUCAAUUCAACUCACAGAUACCACCUCUGGCUCUAAAUCUAACCCGUAACAGGAUCGGAUGCUGGUGGUGCCGAUGGGCAUGAUGAAAUGUUUUUUCUUGAAAGAGGUGGACUUUGUUCUGGAGAAUGCUGAGAGGCAUCUUAUAUUGGCCAUCGUAACAUCUGCUGUUACCAUUGCAAGGUUCGCUAUCUUAGCUGAAAUCGUUGUACCAGGCUAUGUACUCUAGUACUAAGUGGAAAUGACUAGGAUUUUGUCUACUCGUGCCUUCGGUGGUUGACUACGAAUGCCUUACAGGAUAUUAAUAAACAUGAUUCAUUCCAUCCAA